AUGACAGCCACAAGAACCAAGUACGCAACAUUUGCCACGCCUGCGACCGCGCACCCGGCUCGCUCGGCCAGCACCGUUUCGUGCGCAUUCUUCGCCUGGGCGCUGCCGCUCAUUCGCACGCGGCGCCAGCUCCACCUCGAUGACGUGUGGCCCCUCGCGCCGGAGACCACGUGCAGCGUCAACGCAGCGCCGCUCGCUAACGCGUACGCCGCGUCGUCGUCGGUCGUCAUGGCUUUUCUGCGCGUGUACGGCUGGUCGUACUUUUGGAUGGGGCUGCUCGGCUUGCUGCUGCGACUGCUGGAGCUCGCGGGGCCCAUGGUCUUGAGCCAGGUUGUCGGCGCUGUCGACGCGCCGUCCACGCUGUACCAAUCGGUGGGCCUCCUCUUUCUCUCGAUGACGUCGCAUGCGUUCCUCUAUGCGCACUGCGUCGUCCUCGAAGAAACCACGGUCCUGAGCUUUACGUCGGGCCUGAAGGGUCUUUUGUUUCAGAAGCUCCAGCGACGCAGCCUGCUCGUCGAAGACGCGCCAGAACUCACCAACAUUUACACUGCGGACCUCGGCACGGUCGAAUGGGGAUUCCUCUCGCUUCUCAACGCGUGGAUCUACCCGUGCCAGAUCGUUUGCAUUGUGUACUUACUCUACCGCGAGAUCGGAGCUGCGGUCUUUGCCGGCAUCGCCGUUAUCGUCCUCGCUAUGACGAUCGCUGGCUCCAUCGCGACGGUCGAAGCGACCGCGUACGACAACAUUAGCACUGCCCGCGACGCGCGCAUGAAGGCCAUCAAGGAAUCAUUUGGCUCUGUCCUCGUUCUCAAGCUUCAGGCGUGGGAGAACGAGGUGGCAGCCAAGCUCUCGACGCUCCGCUCCACAGCUGCUGUACGUCUGGCACCUCUUGCGGGCGGGGCGGGCGGGACCUUGUGCAUGUACGCUGCGCCGAUUGGUGUGUCGGUCGCGUCGUUCUUCUGCUACACACUGGUGCUUGGGCAUGCGCUGACGCCAGUCAAGGUCUUUACGUCCAUUGCUCUCUUUCGCAUGCUGCAAGAGCCGAUGACGCAAGCCCCGGACAACAUCACGGCUGCCAUCGAAGGCUGGACAGCGAUUCGCCGUAUCGGUGAAUUUCUUGGCCAGCCCGAGAAGCCGUUGCCGCCUCCUGUUUUGCCCACGCCCCCCGAGGUUGUGAUGGCCAUGGAAGCGGUGGAUGCGUCGUGGGACAAUACCAAGGUCCAUCUGGCCAAGCUCCAUUUGAGUGUUCGCUGCGGCGACUUGGUGGUCGUCCACGGCAAAGUCGGUAGUGGCAAGUCGUCGCUGUGCUUGGCGCUGCUCGGCGAGAUGCAUGUCCUCGCAGGCUGGAUGGCGGUCCAUGGGCGCGUUGGCUACUGCCCCCAAGAGCCGUGGAUUCAGCACAUGAGUCUCCGCGACAACAUCCUCUUUGGCCGUCCGUUUGAGGCCAAUCGGUACGCCGCCGUCGUCGACGCGUGUGGCCUUGUCGCCGACUUUGAGCAAAUGACAUUUGGCGACCGCACACUCGCCAGCACCAAGGGCGCCAACCUCAGCGGCGGCCAAAAAGCGCGCCUCGGUCUCGCUCGCGCUGUCUACAGCGACGCCGACAUUCUUCUCUUGGACGCACCCUUCGCCGCCAUUGACGCCGUCGUCCAAAAAGAGAUUCUCACCAAGUGUAUUUUCUCGCUGCUUGCCACCAAAACCGUGGUGCUCGUGACGCACAACCGCGACAUCAUCGACUCGGCGCACGUCAACCAAGUGGUCGAGAUGCAGGAUGGCGCGAUCGUUGCUUGUGCACAGCGCUCGCCGCCGGCGGCGCCAGUGCCGCGCCGUCCCGCCGCGCCAGAGAUGGCAAUCGCCGCCAGCGACCACUGGGACACGUACUUUCAGGACGCGAUGGAGGCCGAGACCGAGGACGACGAGCUCCGCGAAGAGGGCCAGGUCGCGGGCCGCGUCUUUUCUCAGUUUUUGACGGCGUGCGGCGGCGCGCCAACAAUUGCGCUUCUGCUUGGCAGCCAGCUGCUCUGGCAGGCGUUCCAGGUCGCCAGCGACGUGUGGCUCAGCCACUGGUCGUCGACGGCCGAGGCCAACGACAAUGCUUCGUACUACCUCGGCGUCUACGGCGGCCUGUGCUUGACCAGCAUGCUCAUGGUGGUCGUGCGCGCCAUCACGAUCGCAAAGGCCGGUCUCCGUGCCUCCAAAAGCCUCUUUGAGCGACUGACGGCGUCGCUCUUCAACGCGCCCAUGACUUUUUUCGACAAGACGCCCAGCGGUCGCAUCCUCAACCGGUACGGCGACGACAUGGCGAGCAUCGACACGCAGCUGCCGUUCAACUACGGCUCGUUCACGUCGUUUGCCGCCAUCCUUCUAGCGUCCUUGGCCACCUCCAUCUACGUCGUGCGCUGGGCCGGCCUCUGCUUUCUCCCCAUCUUUUUUCUCUACUUCAAGCUCACGUCCGUGUACCUGCGGCCGUCGCGGGACCUCUCUCGCCUCGCCAAGACCACCGACUCGCCCGUGCUGAGCUUCCUCGACGAGAUUGAACACGGGUUUGUGACGGUGCGCGCGUUUGGCGAUGCGUACACGGCCAAGCAAGCGGCGCGCCACGCCCACCACGUCGACAUGAACAUGCGCGUUGCGCUCGCCAAGGUCAUUGUGGACGAGUGGUUCGAGCUCAUGGUGCAGCUCUCUGGCACGGCGGUCGUCAUGGUCGUCGCUCUCAGCCUCGUGCACUUGCGCCCGUACCUCUCGGCGGGCACGGUCGGCCUCGCGUUCAACUACAUCUUGGUCGCGAAUGCGCAUUUGGCGGCACUGGUCCAGGGCUGGUCGCGCUUGGAGCUCAACAUGGUGUCGCCGGAACGCGUCCUCGAGUUUUGCGACGUCGCGUCCGAAGAAGCGACGACGUCCCUGCUCGUGAGCGACGACUGGCACCUCGCGCGCGGUGACAUUUGCUUUAAGAAUGUCGCCUUUCGGUACAAGCCCACGGCCGACUUGGUGCUGCAAAACCUCAACUUUGAGAUUGCGUCGGGCGAAAAGAUUGGGAUCGUCGGCCGCACGGGCGCCGGCAAGUCGAGUCUGACCAUGGCGCUCUUCCGGCUCUACCCGCUCGCGUCCGGCGCCAUUUGCAUCGACGGGCGCGACAUUGCGUCCCUCUCGCUGCACGCGCUGCGUCGCCAGAUCUCGAUCAUUCCCCAGAGCCCGGUCCUCUUUAGAGGUUCGUUGCGCUCGUACUUGGAUCCGUUCCACGCUGCCACCGACGACGCCCUCUAUGCGGCGCUGCAAAAAGUUCAGCUGUCUGCGGCCUCGCUGCACGACGAGGCUGGCGACAGCUGGAGCGUCGGCGAGCGUCAAAUGCUGUGCUUGGCGCGAGCACUGCUGGCGCAGGCGCGAGUUGUCGUCUUGGACGAAGCGACGGCUGCGAUCGACCAGGCGACGGAUCUCCACCUCCAGGAGGUCAUCGCGACUGCUUUCCAGAGCGCUACGGUGCUCACGAUCGCCCACCGCCUCCACACGGUCGUCCACUCGGACCGCGUGCUCGUGCUCGACGCUGGUCAGGUCGUUGCGUUCGGUGCGCCACGCGCGCUGGUCCAGGACGCUGGUAGCGUCUUCUACAACCUCGCAAAAGACGGUGGCGUGUUGGACCUCCUCCUGCAGUAGAUUCUCGAAACAAGCGUGCAAAAG